AUCGGUAUUGAAACUACUACUUGCAUACCUUUUCUCGUCUCGGUAGUCCACAUAUCCAUUACUCUCUCAAUGCUGUCCCCACGGCUCUAUAUACUCAACGUCGCUAAAGACCCCGCGGAAGCGAGUCGGAUAUCACAAGAGUCUGCAAAACGUGCGCACACUUGUACACCCAAUAUCUUAUCCAGCAUCAACUGACACUACAAUACAAUAUUACAGGAAUUCAGGAUAAGGAACUCAAGCUCUUGGAUCUUGUUCAGUCUCUCGAGGAAUACUUGACAGACGAUGACAAAACUACUAGAGCAAAAGCCAUUGGAUACCUCUCUUCUGUCUUGGGAUAUUUAGACCCUAAGGUAUUAUCGCGGCAGCAAGGUUUCAACCCCUUUCCUCUGAAAAUCUUCCCUACCCGACAUCAUUAUGUCAAUCUAAUAUGUCUCAAAGUGGCUGCGAUUGCGCAGUUUCUAUGCGAUCGUCUAGAGGACGAAACUGGUCUUAAGGAGACAUCUCAGGGCCUCUUCGCCCUUCAAAAGUCUUCAAGGUUCGGAAAGGAGGAGGCUACCCUGGUUUCUUCUGCGUACGGGUCCUUAUAGCACUGGGCGUAGUGAGCUUAUGAAGUAAUAGACUGACAUGUGCAAAAGUAUGUGCAAAGUAGAUCUGCAGAAACACCCGCAGGGAACCCGUUUUGCGGCUCUAACCUUGAUUGACGGUUUAAUGGCGAACCAGCGUGAUGGUGUGUACGGUGAUCCUUAGGGCUGAGAAUCAGUGUUCUGACAGCCUGCUUACAGCAUUAAGGGCCAUGGGUGGAAAAUUCGUCACCGGCUUUGCUGAAUUGGUCGGCGGUGAAAAGGAUCCACGAAAUCUGAUGAUUGUCUUCUCUAUUGUCAAGGCGAUACUCGUUGAAUUCGACAUCGUGCCACACAUUGAAGUUAGUGAUGGGUUUACCGGUCAAAGUCCCUCGAGCUAAUUCUUAUCCUAGAUACUUUUUGAUGUGGUCUAUUGCUACUUCCCGAUAACAUUUAAGCCACCGCCAGACGACCCAUACGGAAUAACAGCGCAAGACCUCAAGCUCCGACUGAGGGAAUGUAUUGCUUCGACAAAGUACUUUGCAGGACACGUGUUUCCUCAGCUUAUCGAGAAAUUGGAUUCAACUUCCUUGAGUGUUAAGGUUGGUACCACGCGCUCUAUAUCAGCCCCAUUGACGUGUGGCUUACGACCUGUUUAAUCCUGUAGAAAGAUGUUCUUCAAACCAUAACUGCUUGUGCUCUCUCAUAUGGCCCACAAACAAUUUCAACACAUUCUACGCAGUUAUGGGAUGCUGUUAAAUUCGAGGUCCUUAAUUCCACGGAAGAGGAUGAAUUGGCAACCGAAGCUCUAUCAGCCAUUCGGGCUAUUGCGGAGGCGCUCUCAUUUGGAUUGAAAUUCUCAGUUCCCACAACCUCCCCGCUGGCGAGAUAUCUUGGCGGAAUAGUCAAAGAGUGUCUGAAACUUCUACAAGAACCCCAGCAAAAGCAAGCCAGGCCCGCUGGGAAAAUUCUCUCUAAAUCAGCAACAGCCACUGCAGUAGCACACACCUUCAUAGUAGAAAAGACUAUGCCGGCACUACUCUUAAUACACGGUGAUGCUGAUAGUUUAGCCAAGCAACGGGCGCUCAUGGAGAUCUUGAACUUGUUGUUUCAGUCUACCCUUCAAAUAUUUGGAACAUGGGGAGAUUUAACAGCAGAACAGGUACUUCCAAACCCCUUUACAGAGUACACCGACAAGUUAUUUGAAAUUUAUUCGCAAGCGCUUAUGGGCAGCUUGCGAGAGGAAUUGGGCUUGAGGAUCACGGCUUUGAGGGGGUUGGUUUUACUAUGCAAGACUCGAAGGUUAUUUCAAGAGAACGAAAUAGGUAUGGUGGUGCAAUACCUUGAUCAGGUUUUAUUAGAGGUCGAAGAGAAGGAGGAAAUGAAAGAAUUGGCACUCCAGGGACUAAAGGAUAUCUCAAAGAUAAAGCCAAACCUCAUUAUGGACAUAACAUUCCCUGAAUUUAUGGCACAGCUUCCCGAUUCUGAAAAGGAGGUGGAUCCAUCAAAGCCAUAUAUCGCGACGCUGGAAGCACUGGCCAAAUUAAGCUUAGGAAGAUCUGUAUUCCAAGUUCUCUUAACCCGGCUUUUGAACAAGCUUGACAUUGUUCUCAGAGGUACCGUCCAAACACACCGGUUCACUCAAACCGUCAAAGCUGAUCUUGUGAAAAGGAAAAUCUGGCCCAAUGUAUCCCCAGGCAAUCCUUUCUACGCUUUUGUAUGUUUUACAGAAAAGGCCAGAGAGUUGUCAGGAAGAUAUAAAGACGUACUUCGCUCGACUUGCCGUCCCUCUGCUCACAAAAACAAUAAUUCCCACAGUUGAUAAUUCCAGCGAAUUUGAAGACUUCCGGAUAUUGACGGACGAUUCCAUUCUGGAUGUUACCGGCCGUCUGCUUAACAUUAUUAUUGGAUCAUUGGGUCUCGAGGAACAGAUAAAUGUUUCACGGCAGUUAAUCAAUAUUUUCGUUCUCGGCAUUCCGAGUGACUAUAUGCCCAAAACGCACGCCGAGAUUGUUGCUCGCGAUUUUAGACCCUUGCAGCAAGCUGCAAACAAAGAGCAAGCAGGGUGCACUAUUUUGUUCACUUAUGCAUUAGCUGGUUUAAGGCGGGAGGUUUGACCCACUUUUUCUAGUAUUUCAGAAAACUGCCACUAACUAUUGUAUCAUCCUGCCAUAGCUAGCGUUAACGACCCUGUCUAUCCCGGAUCUCAUUCAGCAGAAUGUUGAGCUUGCUACCCAAACAGCUCAUUCCACUCGGAAAAUGGCAUACCUAUAUCUCGUUGCUCUAUUGGCAAACAAAUGGAUGAAAAAGCCAGGCGAUUCCGAUCUCCUUCAAAAAAUUACGGCUGAUCUCUUGGAAUCAGUUUCCAGCUCCGUAUUAAGCUCCCGGGAAUACGACAACCUAGUUGGGCAAAAACUGCAGACUGUUCUUUGGAUUACGAAGGCCAUAGUAGUUCGAGGCGACAGGUAUGGGAUGGAGGUCACUGAGAAAGUAGUAGCAUUGCUUGGGGACAAAAACUAUGGACCGACAGCGAGCAAAGGGUUUUCGGCAUUGCUCGGCAACGAUGAGUUUAUCACUAAAGACAAUUACGCCAUCAUCAGGCCCCUGACAAAACAAAAGAUUUUCACUUUUUGUGUGCCGAAAAUUGUGGAAGGCUUUCGCGUUGCUGAUUCAAGUAUUCUCAAAAGCCCAUUCACUAAAACCUUGCACUUUAGAUCACUUAGCUGACCUCUUUCCGUAGCUACAAAACCCAACUACCUUGUUGCACUUUCCAACAUCCUAAGGAAUAUUCCCUCCGCGGUUAUCCUUCCGGAGCUUGGAAGGCUUCUUCCUCUCCUUCUCCAAUCAUUGGACCUUCCUGACCCCAGUGUCAAAUCAGCUACCAUUGAAACCUUACUCAUUACCGUCAAGGAGUCUGCCGACGCGAUGAAGGAGCACAUAUCAUCUCUGAGUACAAGGCUAUUAAAUGCCUGUAUGAACCGUGAAGAAAACCCGCCAAGGAUUAGAUCAGCGGCACUGCGGUGCUUGGGGACUUUUCCUGGAGCUCUUAGGACCGAUUUGUUGCUUCCGUACAAGAGACAGGUAAUUCGAAGUUUGGCGAUGGCUCUCGACGAUCCGAAGCGGAACGUUAGGAAGGAGGUAGGUUUGGUUCUAUCAUAAAAUCGGUUUACCGAAAAACUAACGUCUAUGGCUUGUAGGCGGUCGACUGUCGAGCGAAGUGGUAUUCUUUAGACGAGCCGGAAGAUUAGGAUAGAUUUGAAUUUUGCUAGAAUUCCUUCGUCUUCUUUUAGUAUGAUAGACAAUAUGGCGUUACCUGGGUGUUAACUUAGGUCUCAGGGAAGGCUCUCUCAACCCUCAUAACAUAGUUGUCAUAUCAUACAUCAUAUAGCAUUUCUUUAAGCUUGAAUUUUUGCUAUACGGCUGGGGCUUGGGGCUUUAAGGCGCUCUGUGUAUCAUAUUUAAUAGUUGGAGGACGUUAACCUAAUACGAGUGAGUGUAUGUGACUCUUGGCAU